UGUUGGAAGCAACCCAAUACCUCCAACGUUUCGCUACCAGACCAGCUUCUCUGUGCACUCACUUCGCGCCAUGGCUCCCACUCCAGCGUCCCUGCUGGGCUUCGUUGACUUCAGCCAACCCUCUCUCUGGAUUUCCGCCGCCUCAAUCGUGUUCAAUCCCACCUUCUGGAACAUUGCAGCGCGCAGCGAAUACCACAACAAAACCAUCACUAAGCUCGCUGGCGGCAACCCUCGCUAUGGCUGCUACGCCCUCGCCGUGACCAUCUUCUCCAUCGGUAUCAUCCGGGACGCACUCUACGAGCGAGCUCUUCGCGCCCAACCUUCCCACCCACUUCUCGAAGGCUUCGUGUCGCAGGCUUUGGCUGUUGGAUUAGUUGCAAGUGGUAACGUUCUUGUUCUGUCAAGCAUGUGGGCAUUGGGGAUAACAGGCACAUACCUCGGCGAUUACUUUGGCAUCCUCAUGGACGAGAUCGUGACCGGGUUUCCAUUCAACGUCUCGGGAUCACCGAUGUACUAUGGGAGUACCAUGAGCUUUAUUGGAACUGCCCUGUGGUUCGGCAAGCCUGCGGGACUUGUGCUGAGUGCCCUCGUUUAUGUGGUCUACGAAAUCGCGCUGCGCUUCGAGGAUCCAUUUACGUCCCAGAUCUACGCGAAGAGAGACCAAGAGCAGAAGAAGAAAUCAAAAUAAGUGUGAAAGAGUGAAGAAGGAGAUGAAGAUGUCGGCAUGAAGGAAUGGCUGAGAAGUCUUGCAUUGCACGCAGGGAAGAUCAUGGCUUGCUUAAGGCGACCGGCCUAAACACCAAAACGGCGAAACAGGGAGUUUAUACUGAUAGAGAGAUACCCAAGUCUGGAGAAUAAAAGACCUCAACGUCUUGUUCCAAUUCGAAGAAAUGCUAGAAUACAGCAAUGUGGGAAAGUCAAUA